AUACGUUUUUCUAUUUAUUUAGUCUUCAGAGGGAAGCUCAAGAUAUUUCUUAAUUUUUGUCGUGUUCAUCAUUUAACGUUAUUAUCUUCAAACAACUUAAACAUAAAUUACAAACAACAAAAUUGUUUAAAAAAUUAUCCUCACUGUUUGUACAAAAAUGGAAUUUAAAAAAAAUAAGAAAUAUUCUAGAUCGUUUCCUGACACUGACGGCGAUGAUAUAGUUAUAUCCGGAAUGUCCGGAAAAUUUCCUAACUGCCGAAACAUAACAGAAUACAAGUAUAAGCUGUAUAACAAGAUAGACAUGGUUGACGAUGAUGAACGACGUUGGCGUCACUUUAAUCCGGAGAUACCAAAAAGAUCUGGAAAAAUUGGUGAACUUGAAAAGUUUGACGCUACAUUUUUCGGAGUCCAUUUUAAACAGGCGCAUACAAUGGAUCCCCAAACACGUAUUCUUAUUGAGACGGCCUAUGAAGCUGUAAUAGAUGCAGGGGUAAAUCCAAAAAGUCUACGUGGAUCAAAAACCGGAGUUUAUAUUGGCUCAUGUAUAUCUGAAUCGGAGAAAACGUGGUUCUAUGAAAAAGUUUCGUCUGGCGGGUUUGGUAUCACUGGCUGCAGUCGGGCUAUGAUGGCUAACCGAAUUUCAUAUUGCUUGGGACUAGAGGGUCCAUCAUUUUUACUAGAUACCGCUUGUUCUAGUUCGAUGUACGCAUUAGACAAUGCAUUCAGCGCUAUUCGAAAUGGAGAGAUUGAUGCAGCAAUUAUUGGUGGAUCAAACUUAUUGCUUCAUCCAUUUGUAACCCUUCAGUUUGCACGGCUUGGCGUUUUGGCGCCAGAUGGGUUUUGUCGUCCAUUUGAUAAAAAUGCUAGUGGUUACACUAGAUCAGAAACCAUUAACUGCAUGUUCUUACAAAGAAAAAAAGAUGCUAAAAGAGUUUAUGCUAGUGUAGUUUAUUCAAAAACUAACUGCGAUGGAUAUAAGCCAGAAGGUAUAACAUAUCCGUCUGGUGUUGUUCAGGAGAAGUUACUUGACCAGUUUUACAAGGAUAUUGACCAGAAACCAAGUGACCUAGGCUACUUGGAGGCCCAUAGUACUGGAACUGUGGUCGGUGAUCCAGAAGAGUGCAAAGCUAUUGAUAAUGUUUUAUGCAGUCAAAGGCAAGAGCCACUAUUAGUUGGUUCCGUAAAGUCAAAUGUUGGACAUUCCGAAGCGGCUUCUGGAAUAUGUUCCUUGGUAAAAGCUUGUUUCGCUUUUGAAUCAGGUCUAAUUGCACCAAAUAUAAAUUUUACGGAGGUUAAACAUGGAAUUUCACCCCUAGCCGAGGGACGGUUAAUUGUAGUAAAAGACGUUACUCCUUUACCAAAGCCCUUUAUUGGAAUAAACUCUUUUGGAUUUGGUGGAGCUAAUGCGCAUGCGCUUUUAAAGGGUCAUUCAAAGGCGAAAGAUAAUUUUGGAUUACCACAAGAUGAAGUGCCGCGUCUUCUUACAUGGGCUGGAAGAACGGAGGAGGCAGUUGAAGAAAUUUUUAAUGCUGUGGAGAAAAACCCGUUAGAUGCUGAAUUUAUUGGAUUACUUCAAAAUAUUCAAGAGGAAGAUGUUUCUGGUAUGGUAUUCCGCGGCUAUGCUGUGUUUUCCAAACAAGGGGCUCAAUCAUGUAAAUCAUUGACAAAAGAUGUUCAACAUUACACUGGCCUUAAGCGCCCGAUAGUUUGGGUUUAUAGCGGAAUGGGCUCGCAAUGGUCCGAAAUGGGAUCAUCACUUAUGAUAAUACCACGCUUCCGGGAAUCAAUUGAAAUUUGCCACCAGACGUUGCUGUCGAAAGGCCUCAAUCUUAUACACAUUCUAACAUCCAAUGAUCCAGAAAUUUACCAAAAUAUUUUGCAUUCGUUUGUGGGAAUAGCCGCUGUGCAAAUAGGCCUAACAGAUGUCUUGCGGUCUCUCAAUUUGGAGCCAGACUUUAUUAUUGGGCAUUCAGUGGGUGAACUAGGCUGCGCAUAUGCGGAUGGUGGACUGACUCCUCAACAAAUGAUAUUGGCGGCCUAUUAUCGUGGAAGAGUUAGUGUGGACCUAGAAAAAAUAAGGGGUUCUAUGGCAGCUGUCGGUAUUGGCUAUAAGUCUAUUCUACCCAUACUGCCAAAGUCAAUCGAAGUGGCCUGUCAUAAUGGCCCGGAUUCUUGUACAAUAUCUGGUCCAAUCGAUGAUGUUUCCUUAUUUGUAUCUGAACUUAUAAAUAAAGGCAUUUUCGCAAAGGAAGUGCCCUGCUCAAAUAUUGCCUAUCAUUCAAAAUACAUUGCACACAUGGGCCCACCAUUACUGCAAUAUAUGAAAGAAAUUAUCCCAAAUCCUAAGACUAGAACCAUAAAAUGGUUAAGUACUAGUAUUCCUAAAAGCGAAUGGGACAAAGAUCAAGGAAAAUUGUGCUCUGCUGAGUAUCAUACCAACAACCUUUUAAACAGUGUACUUUUUAACGAAACAUUUUCAUUGCUCCCUAAAAAUUGCUUGACUAUUGAAGUGGCGCCCCAUGGACUUUUAGGUGCUAUUCUUAAACGAUCAAUGCCUAGUGGUGUACAUAUUCCACUAACUAACAGGGGUAACAAGAACAACGCGUUGUUUUUAUUUUCGGCCCUUGGAAAAUUAUAUCAAAAUGGCGUAUUAUUACCGGUCGCGAACUUGUAUGAAAAAAUCCAAUUUCCGGUUUCGCGCUCAACACCCAGUAUUAGCUCGCUUAUUCGGUGGGAUCAUAGUGAAAACUGGUUUGUGACGAAAUACGAAAAUAUGAAAACAAAGUCCAGUGGCGAGCGGGUCUUUCCUGUUAAUUUGGCGAGUGAUAAUGAAGAAUUGAGUGGACAUAUCAUAGAUGGUAAAAUUCUUGUGCCGGCCACAUGUUAUCUUCAAUAUGUUUGGGAAACAUUCUCUCUUAUGUAUCACGGUCCGAGUUAUAUGGAUGUACCCGUUGAAUUCGAAGAUGUACGUUUCUUAAGAGCUACAAGUUUGCCGAAUAAUGGAAAAGUCGAGCUAACAGUUAUGAUUCACUAUGGCACCGGUCAUUUUGAGAUAACAGAUGCAGGUAACUUAGUUGUGACAGGUAUAAUCCGUGAAACGGAAAAACCCACUAUUCCAGAAGUUUAUAAUUUUCAAAAUGAAUCAAAGUUUCCGAUGAUUUCUAAAAGAGACUUUUACAAAGAGUUAAAAUUACGUGGUUAUCACUACAACGGCGCAUUUAAAGCUGUUCAUAUGGCCCGCUCAGAUGGUUUGUUCGGAAAAGUUGAGUGGAAUUAUAAUUGGGUAACCUUCAUGGAUGCAAUGCUUCAAAUUCAAAUUCUGGGAACUGAUUCAAGAAAUCUUUUAUUACCAACGAAAAUUCGGAAGCUCAAAAUAAAUGGAGUACAUCAUUUUAAUUUAAUGACCAAAAUGAAUCCAGAGAACCGCUUUUUUGAUGUGUAUGUAGAUCACAUGUACGAUCGCAUCAUUGCAGGUGGAAUAGAACUGGUCGGACUACAUGCCAGUCCAGUGCAAAGACGUAGACCUCCUGGUAUUCCAGUUCUUGAAGAAUAUGUAUUUCUUCCUUUUUCUCCGUCUCGCAUUCUUUCACUAAAAAAUGCUGCUCGAGUUUGCGUUCAAAUUGCUCUUGAGAAUAAUCCUUCACUAAAAAUGAAGUUGGUAGAGGUUGAUACGAAUGGAGAAAAGCCCAUGUUAACUUCAUUUUUAGAAUCAAUUGAAGAUUUACCUGUCAUAACUGGAGAUUACAUUCUAUUGACUUCUCAAAAACUGGAAGACAUCCCAGGAGUUCGUGUUGAAAACGGAAGUUUGUCUUGUCAAACAAAUUGUCAUUUUGUUUUGCUGACGGGCCUUGAAAAAGAGCACUUAAAAGAUAAUAUUGAAACUGCCCAUAAAGUCCUGGUCGACAAUGGGUACAUGUUGCUAAGACUAAAGUGUAAGGCUAAUAAUUCUGCGUGGGAUGUAUUGGAGAAAUUUCGAACUAUUACAACAAUUCCGAUCGAUACACAUGAGGAAACUUUUGUUUUAUUGCAGAAGGUUUCUAAAAAAUUAACUGUACAACCAGUUUUAGUAAAGGUAUCUGAACAUGAUGAGACUUUUGACUGGAUUGCAGUAUUACAAUCUGCAAUAAACACAAAAACGCCAGUAAUUUUGUAUUCAUUUAACGAAACCUUUAAUGGACUUAUUGGUUUAGUGAACUGUUUGCGCAAAGAGCCUGACGGUAAUUUAAUAAGAUGUUUCUUUAUUGAUGAUCAAAGUGCCCCUGGUUUUGAUUUGUCUCACCCUUUAUAUUCGGCUCAGCUUGCAUUAGGAUUGGCUUUCAACAUAUAUCGCAAUGGUUCGUGGGGCAGCUAUAGACAUUUGCAAUUGCUGAAAAGUGAUAAUCAUAUGGCCAGAUUGGAUCACAUUUAUGGAAACGUCAUUCAACGUGGUGAUUUAUCGACUUUACAAUGGAUAAAAGGCCCUUUAAAUGUAGAAAACUGCAUGAUUAAAAUAGCAUUUUCUUCUCUAAAUUUUAGAGAUGUAAUGCUCGCAACUGGUCGCUUAGCCGUUGAGUUAUAUGGAUCAAGUCGAAUUGAUCAAAGCUGUGUUCUGGGCUUUGAGUAUUCUGGCACUAACGUGCUAACUGGACGUCGUAUAAUGAGUAUGGUGGUUAAAGGAGGCGUAGCUUCCUAUGUGGAGAAGCCAUCAAAACUUAUUUGGGAUAUUCCCGAUCACUGGUCAUUGGAAGAGGCAGCCACAGUGCCUGUGGUAUACAUAACUGUCUACUAUGCAUUCUUUAUGUCUAGCGAUAUACGAAAAGGAAAAAGCAUACUCAUACAUGCUGGUACCGGGGGCAUCGGUCUAGCCGCUAUACGCGUGGCAUUGGCCUACAACUUGGAAGUUUUUACAACUUGCAGUACUACCCAAAAAAAGAAAUUUUUGUUGGAGACCUUCCCGCAACUAAAAGAGUCCAAUAUUGGCAAUUCGCGAGAUACAUCAUUCGAGCUUAUGGUGCAGCGUGAGACAAAAGGAAAAGGUGUGGAUUUUGUGUUGAACUCAUUAUCCGAAGAAAAGCUGCUUGCUUCAGUACGUUGUCUUGGUAAGUCCGGUCACUUUUUGGAAAUUGGGAAAUUCGACAUGGCUAACGACACCAAGCUUGGAUUGGGAUGCUUUCUGAAAGAAAUUACUUUCCAUGCUGUUCUUGCUGAUAACCUUCUUGUGGCUCCUGAUGAAGAUAUUUGGCAUUUAAAAGCCCUUAUUGAUUUAGAUAUUUCGAAGGGGAUCAUUCAACCAUUACCGGUUAAAGUUUUUCCUGCUCAUGAAAUUGAAAGGGCUUUUAGACAUUUGAUCGGUGGCAAGCAUAUAGGAAAAGUUGUUAUUCAAGUUCGUGAACAGCCGGAUGAUCCAGCAACCUUGCCAGUACGGGUGCUUAGUCAAAUUUACUUCAAGCAUGAUCUUACAUAUGUAAUCCUUGGUGGCUUGGGAGGCUUUGGAAUGGAACUCGCUGAUUGGAUGGCUUUGCGUGGCGCUCGAAAACUUGUUCUUAGCUCUAGACGCGGAGUUACAAAAGACUAUCAAUCAUACCGGAUCGCGCUAUGGAAAACAUAUGGCUGCGAAGUCGCUGUUAGCACCGCAGAUAUUUCUUCAAAAGAUGGAUGUCGUCAACUGAUUUCCGAAGCUGCUAUUUUGGGACCAGUGGGUGGAAUUUUUAAUCUUGCAGUUGUGCUAAGAGAUGGGGUUUUUUCCAACCAAAAUUUUAAUCAAUUUUUAGAAAGUUUUGCACCAAAAGCUAUUGCUACAAAACAUCUGGACGAGAUAACUCGGAUUUCCUGUCCUGAUUUGGAGCAUUUUGUAGUGUUUUCAAGUGUGUCUUGCGGGCGAGGAAAUGCAGGCCAAACUAAUUAUGGAAUGGCUAACUCUGUAAUGGAACGUAUCAUUGAGUGUCGCAACAGCGACGGUUUACCAGGUAAAGCUAUCCAAUGGGGUGCAGUUGGUGAAGUGGGCUUAGUGGCGGAUAUGGCAGAAGACAAAAUUGAUAUGGAAAUAGGUGGAACCCUUCAGCAAAGAAUUUCAUCAUGUAUUCAGGAACUGGAUCAUUUACUUAGCGCCGUACCACCGAUUGUUUCCAGCAUGGUUGUCGCUGAAAAAAAGACUGGGCGUUCUGGAAAUAUAAGUAUUAUUGAUGCCGUCAUGAAUAUUAUGGGAAUACGAGACUUAAAGUCAGUGUCAUUAGGCACAACGCUGUCAGAAAUGGGUAUGGAUUCAUUGAUGGCUGUAGAAAUCAAGCAAACCCUAGAACGAGACUUUGAGUUAGUUUUGUCUCCACAUGACUUACGGUUGCUCACUUUCCAAAAACUGCAGGAAUUCACUGAAGCUAGAGAAAAAGAGAAUACUAAUGAAAUUAAAAUGAUAUUUGCUUCAGAAAGUAAGCUUUUAGGAAUGGAGUUACUGAUUCGAAACUUAGGCGAUGAAACAAACUGUGAUCGAAUAAUUAUUCCUCUAAAGACCUCGGCAGCUCCUUCAAAACAGAGUCUUCCUCCAAAUAUUAUAAUACCGGGACUAGAAGGAACAGCUGGUCGUGCAUGGUACCAAAUAGGCUCAAGCUUGCAAAGCAGGGCUGUAGUCUUACAGCUUCACCAGUUCGCCCAAUUGGAUACUAUAAAAGAUAUAGCACAAGAAAGUUUUAAGCAAGUUAAGCUCAUUUUAAAGCAAUCUGAGCCUUUUUAUGUAAUUGGAUACUCGUAUGGAACUUUUGUAGCUUUAGAACUAGCUAAGUUGCUUGAGAACUCCGGGUUUCGUGGAAAUAUUAUGUUGUUGGACGGAGCUCCUCAUUUUUUGAAAAAGCUCACUAACCUGCAUUUGGGAGAAAACUUUUCAGAUAACAAUCUUUAUGACCUUAUUUUUACUAGUAUUGUCAAUCAGAUAUUCCCCGAAGAAACUAAAGAAUCCACAUCUGAAGUGUUUUACACACUUGACACCCUCUCAGAAAAAAUGUCGUUGUUCAUGGACUAUGUUGAAAAGCAGAACAUUUACAGCAAAGAAUACUCUGCUACGAUGGUACAUGCCAUGUUUAAAAGAGUUAAAAUGGCCUCUUCCUUUGAUUUGGAUAGUAUAAGAAAAAUUAAGUCGCCAAUUACACUAGUCCGUCCGACUGAGGUUUCACUGCAUGAUAUUGAUGAAGACUAUUGCAUAUCGUUGUUGACUUCUGGUAAAGUAACGCUCAAGGUUAUUGAAGGAAAUCACACGACCAUGUUGGAUAAUCCAUUACUAAGUCAGAUUAUAAAUGACUUCGAUCCAGCUCUGUUGGAAGAUAAACAUUUUGAAGAAUAUAUUAGAAAUGACAAACCAGUUUCUGUUGUUUAAACACUUAUUCUUUAAUUAUCACUAUUACAACAAUUAAAACAACACCCAAUAUAUUAUAUAAUAAAUACAUAUUCCUAUAAAAAAAAAUUCACAUUUUAUUAA